AAGCGCUUGAAUCAAUUGAUUUGUCAAAAAACAAAAUUACUGGAAAAAUUCCUCCAAGCAUGGCGAAUUUUAAACUUCUUGGGUUACUUGAAUCUUUCAUAUAAUAACUUGUCAGGAGAAAUUCCAUCAGGCACUCAACUACAGAGCCUAGAAGCAUCCAGUUAUAUUGGCAAUAAUCUAUGUGGAGCUCCACUCACAAUAAGCUACAAAAAGUACGACGACGAACCCCAAGACAGGGUCGAUGGAAAUGAAAAGGAAUCGAACGAUGAUGGAGCAAAAAUAGAUGAGUUUUACUUGGGGUUGGUGCUUGGAUUUGUGGUUGGUUUCUGGGGUAUCUUCGGUUCACUCCUCUACUGCAGGUCAUGGAGACAUGCCUAUUUUCAGUUCUUGAACAAAAUUUGGAUAAAAUUUUACGUUAUGUUUAAUAAGUCCCGCUAUUAGUAUAUACUGAUGCUUGCUCUUAUGAUGGUAGGGAUGUUGUAAUUCUAUCUUAGAAUUUCAAGUUUGACUA